UGUUGCCCACCACUAAUUAGUAAAAUUAAACAAAAAAAGAAGCAACUUUGCAACUAAAGCAACGGAGAAAAAAUAACUUUUUCAGCGGCCGACUAGUUUCCUGGUGAACAAACGGCCAUAGUGCCAGAGUUGUGUGCAAUGUAAGAAGUGUGGAAAAGAUGCAUCAACACAAUUGCAACCGGAUAAACACAAUACCAACGGAUGUGCCCGUCAUUGUGUUAACGCAAUUAGCAUAAAAAUGAGAUUGGGCUGCGAAUGCGAGAGUGUAAUUAAAAUGCGAAGAAUGUACGCGCUGCUGCCAACCUUGACAUUUUGGUUAAUCAGCUUUCAAUUGGCAUCACAAUCGGAUCAGCUCCAUAUAACAGCGCCCUGCGAUCGGAGUCGCAAGGUAUUCACUGAGCCCUACGGUGAAAUUAGCGAUGGCCCCUCCGGCUACAAUUAUACGCAGGACUCGCACUGUGAAUGGCUGAUAAAAGCGAAAAAUGACAGUCAAUUUAUAACAUUAACAUUCCAUAGCAUGGGCACCGAGUGCUCCUAUGAUUAUAUCUAUGUAUACGAUGGCGAUUCCUUUAAUUCAACUCUGUUGGGCAGCUUCAGCGGACGCACACAGCCGCAAAAACUGGUCGCACGCAGCGGUAGUAUGCUCAUUCUAAUGUACAGUGAUACGAACUAUGUGUUGGAUGGCUUUCGUGCUUCCUAUUACAUAUCAAACUGCCUGAAUAACUGCCACAAUCAUGGCAAGUGUGUGGGCCACCAAUGUGUCUGUCAUGGCGAAUGGGUGGGGCCCGACUGUGAGGAUGAGGCGUGCCCGCAGAAGUGCGGUGAGCAUCAGGGUCGCGGAAAAUGCCAGAAAAGCAUUUGUCAUUGCUCCACUGGCUACAGUGGACGUUUGUGCGAUUUGAGUGAUAAUCCACCGGGCAGUAGCUGGCGGUGGCUGGCCACCGAUGCGGAAGGCAUGACACCACGUGCUGCACACUCCGCUGUUUAUAUGGAAGACGAGGACGCACUAUAUGUAUUUGGCGGUUACGAUCUGAACAAUGUCAUCAGCACGUUACAGAUAUAUCGCUUUAGCACUAGCCAAUGGGAAGACGAAUGGGGCAUACCGCUGCAGAGUCGCCGUCACUUUUAUCAUCCACAGAAAAUUGAUCAUACACUGCUGAAAGCUGUUUUGCAGCACAAGAACGAGGAUGAGGCCAAACUCUGGGGCUUGACCAGCGAUGUCAGCUUCUUUCGUAAUAUACUCUACACACUGGCCGAGUCGAAUCUACAUCAAAGACGCACCCGUUCCUCGCUGCCAUUGACUACAGUAAACGCAAACUCAACGGAUGAGGAGCUAUCUGAAUAUUUGGAGGACAUACUGGAAGAGGUGACCGAUCACAAACCACAUGGCCGUUAUGGACAUGCAGCAGAUCGUGUUCCAGGUGGCUUUGUCAUCUUUGGUGGCAAACAUGCCAAUGGUAGCUUCUACAAUGAUCUCUGGCAAUAUAAUAAUACGGAAAGCGGUGGCAAAUGGAAGCAAAUGGCUGUCAAAUCUGAGUUACAGCCUCCAGCGCUUGCAAGGCAUACCCUAACGACAGCCUUGGAUUAUUUGUAUUUAUUUGGCGGCAGUGUAGAAUCGGGCGAAUUCUCCUCAAGCAUUUAUCGAAUUCGCUUGCCGCUCAGCGAAGAUUCGCAAUGGCAACUCGUUAAGCCGCGAGGUGGGAAAACCUUGGACGUACGUUUGGCAGCUCAUUCUACCGUUUACUAUGCACCUACCAAUUCGCUGAUUGUAUUUGGUGGCAUUAUGACGAGUUUGGCACGCUUUUCGAAGCUAUCAGAUCGCAUAUUUGCUUUUCAGUUGGAUCAGCUGCACUGGACGGAGAUCUUAUAUCCGCGCACAGCAUUGAGAGAUACGAAUAUACCAAGGGAACGAGCAUUUCAUACAGCCACCAUAUCAGGAAAUUAUAUGAUUGUUUUUGGCGGCUAUACCCAUCGGCAUAACAAGGAUGAGAUUUGCUAUGAUAAUCAAAUGUAUUGGUAUCAUUUAAGUUGUCACAUUUGGAUCAAUCAAGUGGUCUCUGCCGACGACAGUUUGUACCCGAAGCAUCAGGGUGUUUUUGCCCAAGCCGCUGCACUCCGUCGUAAUCAUACGCUGCUUAUUGUGGGCGGCUAUCAUGGCAAUGUAAAUGCAGAUCUGUUCGCCUAUGAGCUGCCGCAAGUGCUACGUGUAGAGAAUGCUGUUUACAAUCAUAAUCCGGAGAUGUCAUGCCGUUUGCACGCUUCACACACUGCAUGUUUAUCCAAUCCCGAAUGCGGUUGGUGCUCGGCGGAUAGCAGUUGCUAUGGUCGAACAAUUGGUGCCAAUUGUACCACCAAUUUGCAGACGACUCGCUGCCCCGGAAUUUGCCCCUCUCUUGGCGAUUGCCAUUCGUGCUUGGUGCAUGGCACCUUGUGGGGUGGUGGCAAUGCCGCCGGUUUCUCCGUAGCCAGCAAGCUGGGCCUCAACGAGUGCACUUGGUGUGUACAAAAUGCCCGUUGUCAUUAUCGGGCUGAUAACUACGGUAUGUGCGGGGAUAGUUCCGGCUGGUGGGGCGAACAAGGCACCGAAAUACGAGAACCUGAUAUGUGCACCCGCAAUGAUCGCCGUCCGGGCUUGACUUAUAUCAAAUAUAACUAUCCUGUUAACUUUACCAUGCCCGAUUAUGUGGGCAUUGUGAAUGCUACCAUGGUGGACUUUGCCUCGCCGCCGCCCACAGCGUACUUUGAACAGCGACAGGAGGGUGAAAUGUUGGCGCGAUUAUUAGGUUUCGUACGUCCGCAGCAGCAGUGGAACAACAAUAACAAUUCAGCCAUACAAGUGUGCAGCAGCUAUUCGUCAGCAGUGUUGCGCGUUGGUCUAGGCAUGAAUCUCGAUAUGCUGGAUAAUGUGACGACGCAAAGCUCAAAUCAAUCAUACUGCAGCAAUGUGCAACUACCCAGCAUUGAGCAACCAUUCCUUAUAGAUUUUCAAGCUCGCCGUCGCAUUGGCCAGAAUAACAUCUACAACACCUAUCAGAAGACGAAAAUGGAGUUGCAGCAUUUACACAACGGGCAGCUCAAUGCAUUUACUUUCGAAUACUUGGAGCCGUAUUAUUCGGGCGAUUGCACUCAAUAUAACAACUGCCUGCACUGCUUAACCGAUGGAUCCUGUUCCUGGUGUCCACUAACCAGCAAAUGUCAUCUAAAGUCUGUCAAUGAAAGUGCCGUUUGUGUGGCCAAUGAUACAGAUCAGGGCACCCAUUGGGCGUAUUUGAUCAGUCAGCCUAGUCAAUGUGCCAAUUGUUCCAACUAUGUGACCUGUCGUGCCUGCGUCUCCACGCCUGGUAAUGGGGAGUGCGAAUGGUGGCUAGAUGAUGCACGUUGUGGACGCAUUGGCAAGUCAAACAGCAGCGUCCGAGCGAUAGCGCAGUGUCCUCGACCAUGUCGCGAACGUCGCGGCUGCGAUCAGUGUCUAGGUGAACGUGGUCGUUGCGUCUGGUGUGAGGCGAGCGCCCAAUGCUUUAGCUUUGCCGUCUACACCAGCGAAUAUCAAUUUGGCAUGUGUCGCGAAUGGAUCGACAAGGUGGGCACGCCACCUACCUCACCUGCAGCUGGACCAGUUGCUUCCGCAGCUUCUGCAACGCCUACAACCACACUAACUAUGCAUCCUCCACCGCCACGUUCGCUGCAACAGUGCAAAUCCUGUGAGCGUCAUCGAAAUUGCACCUCUUGUCUGCGCACCUUGAGUUGCGGCUGGUGUUUUGAUCGGGAUAAUCCCAUUGAAGGGAUUUGCAUGCAGGGCGACUUCAGUUACAGUGCAGGAAAUUGCUCCUUGGCUCUCAAUAGCAGCUCGCAGCAUGAUGCUGAAUGGGCCUAUGCUCAGUGUCCGGAUGUGGAUGAAUGUGGACUGGGUUUGCACGAUUGCCACAAGGAAGCCAAAUGUACCAAUACGCAAGGUAGCUACAAUUGCCAUUGUCGUCGUGGCUAUGUUGGCGAUGGACGCUUCAGUUGCGUGCGCACCUGCUACGAGUUCUGCCAGCAUGGCUAUUGCUCCGGUCCGCCGGACUAUAGCUGCAAAUGUGACCUGGGUUGGACGGGCAGCGAUUGUGGUGUUAGCUGCGGCUGCAACAACCACUCCACUUGCCUGGAGCGCGUUGGGAAGUGCGAUCAAUGCCAGGCGUGGACCGAAGGCGAGCGCUGUGAACGUUGUCGUCAGGGCAGCUACGGCAAUGCGACUGCAAAUAUUGGCUGUCAUCCCUGCGAGUGCAAUGGACACGGCAACCAGGAUUUGGGCAUUUGCAAUGUGAGCCACGGCGAAUGCUUCUGCAAAGACAACACACAGGGCCUCAAAUGCGAUGUCUGUGCGCCCGGCUACUAUGGCGAUCCACGUGAUGGCGGACAGUGUUAUUAUCAAUGUGAAUCUCGUGGCAUAUUGACCAGCAUAGGUCGCAGUGCCAUUGGCUCGUAUCAAUCGUAUCGUUCGCCCUGGGGCGCUAGCCUUGAAGUCCGUGAAUGCCUGUGGAUAUUGCAGCCGAAGACUUUGCAUGCGGAUAAAUCGCUGUUGCAGCUGGAAUUUCAGUGGAACAGCCUGGCCAUGAGCUGUGACGAGAAUGCCGUUUACAUCUAUGACAGUUUGCCAGAUUUAACAGGCGCCGCGCAGCAGAAUCAACUACUGGCCGUUGUCUGCGAACCGUACAGUGCGGCGCGCAUUAUCGAAGCACGCUCCAGUCAUGUCACCGUCUACUAUAAACAGGGCAGCGAACGUCGAAACUUUGGCUUCAAUGCUUUGUAUUCGGUAAAGAACUGCGUGGCGGGCAGCUGUAUGCAUCCACAUAUCUGUGAUGCACUGCAGCGUUGCGUCUGCCCUGCUGGCUAUGUGGGUCCACGCUGUGAGAUUGAGAUCUGUCCAAGUAAUUGCCAUGCGAAGCGAAUACAAGGCUAUUGCGAUACCGAAUAUGGACGUUGUAUAUGCAACAAUAACAACUAUGCAGGCGCCGAUUGUGGCACAUUGGUGCAGCGUAAUCAUUUGGUUAUGACGGAACUGUUCAAUACUCAGCUGCUAAGCGAAGCCCUGGAGCAUCUAAGAAAGACCAUACCACGCUUUGGCCACUCGGUGAAUGCGGAUCGUAGGGGUUCCUUGUGGAUGUUUGGAGGCUAUUCGCCUAGUCAUGGACCGCUUAAUGAUUUCCGUCAAUUUGAUACGAAGAACGCUACAUGGCUGCAGGUGACAGUUGAAUCAUCCACUCCGGAGGAUCGUAUGCCCCUUGGACGUUAUUUCCAUGCAGCUGAGAUCUAUGUGAAAAAGCAGAAUAUUUAUAUCUAUGGCGGCAUUGGCGCAAAUUCACGUUUGCUUUCGGACUUUUGGCAGUUCUCAAUACAGAAUCAACGCUGGCAUCAAAUUGAGGUAGAUCCCUCGCAGGCCGAGUCGCCCACAGCGCUGGCCGGGCACACCUUGACCCAUACGCGCUACCAGGAACACGAAUCGUUGCUACUGAUCGGUGGCCUGAGUUUAAACAAAUCUCGUCCACUGGAGCUUUGGGAAUUUAAUCUGGAUACUGGACGUUGGCUGGAACUGGCAGCAAUGGGAGCACGCCUCCCUGUGCUCUACGGGCACAGCGCUGUCUAUCAUCAGGAGACGCACAGCGUUUAUAUCUUUGGCGGCUAUGCGGGCGAGGCGCAGAACAAGCUUUACGCACUUGAUUUGAACAAACUAAGCUGGACGGAAUUGCCGACGUUUAGGGAAUUGAAUUCACCUGUUUCGCAGCUGCCUCGUGCACGAUAUUUCCACUCAGCCGUCAGCACAGAACACUAUAUGGUUGUGUAUGGCGGCCGGACGAGUCCAUAUAACGCCACGGAUCUGCUUAUUGCUUACGUUUAUGCCUGCAACCAGUGGGUGAGACUGACAGAUGAUGUGGAGCUAAUUGGACGAUUGCCAGUGGCUAGCUAUGCCGAGGACAUGACCAUCGACGUGGAUAGCGGCGCGAUCUAUGUAAUUGGCGGUUGGGAUGGCAGCGCCACCCAAAGUCAUGUGACGCGCAUCAACAUACCCGAGGACAUUUGCCAGCUGUGGAGCGGCGGCAAAUCGAUGUGUCGUCAUUAUAUGGGCUGCAGCUAUUGCACCAUCCAGAACACGUACAGCAACAGCUCGCAUUGCUUCACCCAGGGCCGGGCGCCAUGUGCAAACUAUAAUGGAACGCUGGUCAUCAAUAAUGGGCCGGCGUGCAAUGAUGUUUGGCUAGCGAGUCGCAAUUGCUCGAGCUUUGGUAGCUGCAGCGCCUGCUUGGCCGCGUGGCCCAUCCAUCAGGAACUGAGUCCCGUUUGCCAGUGGUGUGAUGAGUGCGGCAUACGUGGACGUUGUGUGCCCGCCGGCGUGGAUUGCGCCCGUAACAACGCCUGGUGUGAAAAGGAAUUGAGUGUGGGAGUGCUCGGUCUCUGUCCGCUGCCCCAGUGUCAUCAGCUGGACUGCGAAACGUGCAUGCUGCACAGCGACCAAUGCCAUUGGGCAAGCAUCGAAUUGGGCCAUGAUGAGUGUAUUGCCCGGGAUCUGGUGGAGAAGAAUGCGUAUCGUCUAGUAGAUCAAUGCCCACCUCCCUGUCAUACGCACACCAAUUGCAGCAGCUGCCUGCAAUCGUCGCCGGAUGCCGGGGCCACGGAUUGCAAAUGGUCUACGAUGUUAAAUGCCUGUCUAUCGCCUAGUGCACAGCCUUUGUUGUGUGCCGGUGGCGUUUGUGGCCUGGUCUUGGAGUCCACCGAAGUUAAACGUUGCCCCGAGCCGUGCCAUGUGUAUACCCAGUGCUCCAGCUGUCUGGAGCAUACGCAUUGCGGCUGGUGUGCACGCGAGGGCUUCAAUGGCGAUGGCGUCUGCACAGAGGGCGCCCUCGAGCAUCGUCAGGAACAUCCGUCGGGCUCCACUUGUGACUUAAUCUACAGCAGCUGGCGCAAUGAUUCACAACUGACACAUGCGGACGUCGUAAGCUGGCAUUAUGUACAAUGUCCGGCGGAGAAUGAAUGCGAAAAUGGUCAUCAUAAUUGCGAUGCUGUGUCUGAGCAGUGCAUCGAUCUGGAUACACCAACGCCUGGCUACAAGUGCGUCUGUGCCGCCGGCUAUCGCAAGGAAGAAAACAGCUGCCUUCCCGUCUGCAGUCAAGGCUGUGUGCGAGGCAACUGCAUUCGGCCCAAUGAAUGCAAGUGUGAUUUCGGCUAUGUGGGCGAAAAUUGUAGCAUUCAGUGUCUGUGCAAUGGACACUCCAAUUGCGAAUCGAGCAGCAGGCUGGACAUAUGUUUGGAGUGCCAUAACAACACCAUGGGCGAGCAGUGCGAGAAGUGCCAGCCCCUGUUUGUGGGUAAUCCGCGCGAGGGACACGCCUGUCAGCCAUGCUUGGAAUACUGCCAUGGCCAUUCGGAUGUCUGUGUGGCUUACGAUGCGGAUCCAGCUGUCUUUAAUAUGACUCGCUCGGAGUUGGAGCGCAUCCUGCCCGAAGGACCAGCCCACAAUGCCACCUGCUUGAGAUGUGGCAAUCACACUGCCGGCGAUCGCUGCGACAGCUGCCUGCUGGGCUAUUUCCGUGGCAGCGAAGAUCUGCACAAGCAAUGUCGUCCCUGCCAGUGUCAUGGUCAUGGCAACGUCUGCGAUGCGGUAACCGGCGAGAAAUGCAACUGUGCCAAUAACACGGAAAGCGAUGCCACCUGCAUCGCCGCUGGCGGCAAGAAUUCAGCGCAGCUCUGCUGGAGCGUUCAAUGCUCCAAGUGUCGCGACUCCUAUGCUGGCAAUCCCACCGAUGGACAUCAGUGCUAUAAACAAAUUACCGUCGAGUCGCGCAUGUGCUUCGAUGCCAAGCCCAUAGAGGAAUGCAAAUCAAAACCAGCUGCUCUCAAGCCCGGUCAGACCGUCUUCUUUGUAAUACAGCCCCGAUUCAUGAAUGUGGACAUACGCAUCAUAAUCGAUGUGACUCAAGGGGAAUUGGAUGUGUUUAUGUCACCGCAGGACGAUUCGUUUAUAGUGGAAACAAAUCAAACAACAGGAUACCACGAGAUAUUUCUGGACAAUCGCUAUAACUGGGGACCCAAGUCGAAGCGACAGCAUCCACUCAACAUUGCCCUGCCGCGUCAUGACAACGUUACGCUGCAGAAACUUUUCGCGACCGAGCGACGCACUGGGUCGAACGGUCCAAGUAUGGGAGCCAGCAGUAGCGGCAGCAGCAGCAACUUCUAUAUACCGCAGCUACACGACUGUCGCAGCCAUGGAGGACACAGCUUCGUUGUCCAGGAUCAGUUUGCCAAGGAUUUGAGCACGCAUGUGACACUGAAUCAAUGCAAUACACUUCUGCGUCUGUUUGGACUGAAGAAUCGUUUGGUGCUAACUCUGCCACAGCAUGCGCACAAUCUGAGUGCCACACGAUUCUUUAUUGCAUUGCGCGCUAGUUCUGGACCAGAGCCGAGCUAUGGAUCUGUGGUUUUUCGUCAGGAUCAGCUGCACAUUGAUCUCUUUGUGUUCUUCUCCGUCUUCUUCUCCUGUUUCUUUCUAUUCCUCGCCUUGUGCGUUAUCGUUUGGAAGGUGAAGCAGGCGGCAGACUUGCGGCGUGCGCGUCGUCAACAUGUUGUGGAAAUGCUGCAUCUGGCCAAGCGUCCAUUUGCGCAGAUUUUCUUAGCGUCCGCCAGCUUGGACAUGGAUAAUAGUCCGCCAGCGACGUCGGCCUCGACAACGCGUCACAUGCGUCAACGUGCACGUCAAGCGCUGCUGCUGCAGCAACAACAGCAUUUACAGAGCGAAACCCAGCUGCACAAUCAGCCAACACACAGUGCCACACACACCUCUACGCACAGCCGUGCACAUAGCCACUCACACAGCACACACACCCACACCCACACCCACACUCACACCCACACCCAUGGACACCACCACUUCAGCAGCAGCUCUCGCCCAAUGCAGGAAAUCAUGUUGGUGGCCAUUGAGCCGACAAAUGAUAAUUUGGCUGCUGUUGGCACCGUAUUUGUCAGCCUGCCAGGACGCUCGAAAGCUCCGCUGAGCAUUGCUCUGGGCUCCACUCUGAUAUCGUAUCCACGUCAAUAUCCGCUCAAUGCGAGACACUUUAUGCGCGCUCAAAGACAUCAUCAGGCCUAAAAAUUGACAACUGCUAAAAUAUGUGUGUAAGUGUUAGUCUAUAUAAACAUAGAACUCCCCGUCCCU